UUUUUUUUUUUUUGAGACGGUCUCACUUUGUCACUCAGGCUGAAGUGCAGUGGUGUGAUCUCGGCUCACUGCAACCUCCGUCUUCCCAGUUCAAGCGAUUCUCCCAUCUCAGACUCCCAAGUAGCUGGGAUUAUAGGCAUGCACCACCACGCCUGGCCAAUUUUUUUUUUUUUUUUUUUCAGUAGAGAUGGGGUUUCACCAUGUUGGCCAGGCUGGUCACAAACUCCUGACCUCAAGUGAUCCACCUGCCUUGGCCUCCCAAAGUGCUGGGAUUAUAGGCAUGAGCCACCACGCCUGACCUAAAAUUUUGUUAUCUUAAAUAACUGAAAUUCUAUACCAUUGAACAGCAACUCCCCAUUUUCCUACCCCCUGUCAACCCACAUUCUGCUUUCUGUUUCUAUGAGUUUGACUGCUUUAUAUACCUCAUAUAAGUGGAGUCAUGCAGUAUUUGCUUUUCUGUGACUGGCUUAUUUCACUUAGCACAAUGUCCUUAAGGUUUUUCCAUGUUGUAGCUAUGACAGGAUUUUCUUUUCUAAGGCUGAAUAAUAUUCUUCAAUAUGUACAUACCACAUUUUCUUUAUCCAUUAAUUUGUAGAUAGACAUUUAUGUUGUUUCUACCUCUUGACUAUUAUAAAUAAUGCUUCAAUGAAUGUGAGUGUGCAGACAUCUCUUUGACCCUCUUUUAUCAGUUCUUCUGGAUAAAUACCUAGAAGUGAGAUGCUGGAUUAUAUAGUAGUUCUAUUUUUAUUAUUUUUAUUUUUUGAGACAGGGUCUCGUUCUGUCACCCAUGCUGGAGUGCAGGGCUGCGAUCAUGGCUCACUGCCCUCGACCUCUUGAGCUUAAGUAGUCCUCCUACCUCAGCCCCAUGAGUCACAUAUGUGUUGUACAUAUGGAGCCUAACUUUGUUGCCCAGGCUGGUCUUGAACUCCUGGACUCAACUGUUCCUCCUGCCUCGGCCUCCUAAAGUGCUAAGAUAACAGGCGUGAGCCACACACUGUGUGUGGCCGGUCGUUCUAUUUUUAAUUUUUUGAGGAACCCCCAUAGUAUUUUCCACAGCAGCUAUACUGUUUCACGUUUUCAUCAACAGUACACAAGAGUUUCAGUUUCUCCACAUCCAUAAGUGCUGAUCAUGUUCAUAAUACUAACAUGAAGUAAGAAAUAAAUGAGACAAGGUCCUUGCCUUCGAGAAAUCUCCAUUUCUUCCUCCUGAAAGGCUCUUCCCUUUUAUCUUCAUUUGACUAACUCUUUUUCAUGGUGUUUCAACUCAAAUGCUAUGUUGUCAACAAAGCCUCUCCUGGUUUCACAGCCUAAGUUCACCCCCAUAUUGUAAGAUGUCAUAGCACUCUGUCUUCUGUACACUUAGUGUAGAUGUAAUUUACAGAAUUAGGUGAGGUCAGGGAAAAUGUUGGUUUUUUUGUUCAGUCCACUUAGCUGAGAACAAUCCAUGGCACAAAGCAGCUAUAUAAUGAAUGUGUAACUUUGCAUUAUGAAAUGUAUUGCACAUUUUUUGACGAUUACAUAACACAUUAUUUUAUUAAAUAAUAAAAUGAACACCCAGGUACCCGACCUUUCAUUUAAGAAAUAGAACAUUACUAGUACUGUAAAAUCCUCCUGUAUACCCCUCUUGACAUUUGUGUUAUUCUUUUGCUUUCUUUAUAGUUUUAUCAUUAUGAGUGCAUUUUGUCAGUAUGACUGUAUUCCAAGGAAAUAUCUGGUUGAGUUUGAAAAAAAUUGAGUGGCAAGCACAAACCCAGCUGUGUAAGAUAGCAUAAAUAUCGCUAUUAUUAAAAGAAGUCUCCCAGAAGAAAAGUUGAACAGAGUCUCUGGGUUAUGGUAUGCUUCUUUAUACCUGAAAGGUUUUAAGACUCCCUUUGGAGAUGUUUGUGGGCAAGGUCAAGAGUGAAUUGUGUAAAACAGAGUUUACCACUUUCAGGGCUUCUGGCAAGAUUGUAAUGUGAUAAAAUAUUGGAUAUCUAACAUAUGGAACAGACUGAUUUGCAUCUAAACUUAACAUUGCCCUCCUCCAACUCUCAGGAGCAGGCCAAAGCAGAAAACUUCAGUGAAGUGAAAAUAGUAUCGUCAGAUGAUCUAGGCUAGAAACUUCAUUAGUACACCUUCAAAUAAGCCAAGCACUGAAAAGAAAUUUAGCCAAGCUUUUAAUCUGUCCUCAGGUUAAAGUUGGUACCCUAGCAGCAGGGAUGUUAACAUAUCUUUUAUGGCACACAAAUCCGAACUACAUGGUCACUGUAGAUUAUCUAAGGAAGAGGAUCUGUUUGGGAUCUUCCUUCACCAUCUUCCUAGGCAUUCCCUUUGCAUCUCUUCUAUGUUGAAUCUCUUAUUUCCUAACAUCUGUUUUUUCUCUUUCUUGGUUUAUUCUCUCAGUUUCAUAGAGCCUAUAAAUAGUUAACUUGUUGAGAAAAGUGGCAUGGGAAAUAAAUAUUUUGAAGCCUUCAGCAUCUAAAAAUCUUUUCAUUCUACCCUUAACAGUUAUUUGGAAGUUCAGCUAAGUAUAGAAUGCUAGGUUGGAAACCUUUUUUCUUCGGAAUCUUGAAAAUAUUACUCCAUUAUCUUUUGGUUUGCAGCAUUGCUAUUAAGAGUUCCAAAGCCAUACUGAUUACUAAUCUUAUUUUUUUUCUCCAAAAAAAAUAAAUGACUGAUUUUUAAUCUUCUAUGUGACCUUUUUCCCCUUUCAAGAAUCUGGUAGAAUAUCCUCUUGGUAACUGGGGUUCUGAUGGCACAUAAUGCUGUACCUUGGGUCUUUGAGUACUUCAGUUCUGAGAAAUUUCUUAAUUUGUUAAUAAUUAUCUCCCAUCUGUUUUCUUUGUUGUUUCUUUUUGGAACUUCUUUUGUUUAUAAGGUGGAUCAUCUUUACUGGCUUUCUUAAGUUUUAGUUUUUUCUUCUCCUUUUUCCCGUUCUCUUCUUGGCUCUACUAUAUUUCUUCACCUUUAUUUUUAACCCUUUUUUGAGCUAUUUGCUUUUGUGCUUUCUAUCUUUUACUCUCUUAUUCUCUCCCACUCCCUUUCUCCUUCUUUUCUCCUUUUCUUCUCUCCUUCACUCUCUCUCAUCGCUUCUCUCUUCAUUUUAAAAUCCAAGUGCUCUUUUGUCUGAGUGUUCCUUUGCUAUAACAAUGUUUUCCUGUUUCAUGAAUGUAAUAUCUUCUCUAAGAACAAUAUUCUUCUUUUUUAAAAAAAAUUUUCCUAUGUUACUUUUUUUCUCUUUGUUUUAGUCUCUAACUUAAACAUGUUAAAAGUUUCCUUCUGUUAUUUGAUAGGCCUCAGUUGUCUAAACAUGACUGAAAGGAAGGCUGAUGGGAAAUUCUGAGAGCCUGCAGGGGACUUGUCUGAGCCUCAUUUUAGGGCGAUGGUGAGCCAUUUGUCUAAGGAAUCUUUGAAGUCAGUAUUGAUAGUUAUUUUUCAUUGAAUUCAUUAGAUUCCCCAUGUCAAGAACUGUGAAGAAUCUGAGAUUAUGCUGUAUAUAUCAUUGAGAAUUCUUCUCUAUGGUUUCUCAUGUUUCUGAGAAGAGAGAAACAUUUUAUGAGCAGAGACACUGAAAGCCUUCUGUUUAAAAAGACCAUCUUUUUAAGGAUAUGUGUGCAAUGAACAGCUUUGGAAGUUAUAGACAGUGUCUCUGUCUAGAACAUACAGUACAUUUAUUUACUUUCCAGUAUAAUGGACAGUGCAAAAGUUACAUAGGUUUUCUUAUAGCUACCCUUAUAAAAGAUAGAGGUUUCCUAAGCUUAGGGUUCCUCAAUUGUGACUAAAAACCCACCACAUACAUGGUAUCCACCUGGCCUGCCUCCAUGUCACUCUCAUGGGACUUGGAAGAGUGAAUACAAGGGAAACUAACAUGAACAAGAAGCUCAUGCUGCUUGCUAUGCUGUGCAUAAUCAAACCUUUUGUCUUUGACCCAAGAGUCUUGUGUCUUCUGCCAACAUAUAUGAAACUGUGGCAGACUAGCUUGUUAGGUUGCAAGUUUGGUAAAAUCUAAGAUUUUACAGUUCUUGAAAUGCCAUAGAAGACUCUUGUCUGUCUCCUUCCUAGAGAGUAAGAAUCUAGCUGACAGCCUUCUAGGAGCCCAGUAGAGAACAAUUCUGGAAUCGCUGCACUUAGUAUUCAAUAUGCCUAUGCUCGUAUAUUCAUGCUCUCUCAGUUUUGCCAGGUGAUUUUUAGUACAGAGGACUUUUAUUCUCUUCAGAGAAUAAACUUCCAGACUUCUGCUAGGGUGAAGGAGGGGACAGCGACCUAGUGGCCUGUAGUAGGGGAAAGAACACAGGAAUCAGUUUUCUUCUUUGCUGAUAGGUUCCCUUCUCAAGAAAGCAUUGCCUGGCUUUUCUGUUUAAAAUUGCUAUCUUUCUUAUCCCUCUUUUCCUUUCUUUAUUUUUCUCCGUAGCACUCAAUACUUAUAACUUUCAAAUGUAUUCUAUCAUUUACUUACUAUAUUUAUUCUCUAUCACACCACUCCAUUAGGAUGUAAGCUCUAUGAGGUCGGAGAUUUUUAUCUCUUUCAUUUUACUGUGUAUCCCAAACACCUAGAGAAUACCUGAUACAUAAUAAGUAUUCAGUAAAUAUUUGUUGAUCGGGUGAGUGAAUGAAUGACUAGGAAGUUGCACAUCUGUUGCCUGUUGCUUCUGGUUUGAGAAUAAAAUUAAGACGAAGUUUAUUAUAUGUAAGUCACUGGUAUUUCUUUUUUAAAGCUUAAAAUAUUGAUGUCAGUUGAGGAUAUAGGCAACUUUCACUGAAAUCAUUCACAGCAAUUUAGAAUUACUGAUUUUGUAUACAACUUCUUAUCUGGCAUGAGAAUUCCUUUAGAGCAUUCCUAAAGGCAGCCUUCUUUCUUCUGUCAGAUCAUUUUUAGUAUUGUUGGUAGAACCAGUGGGUUUACUGAAGAAUUGGUUGUGAGGCAUAGAAAACAAGAAUGAAUAAAAUUCACAGAUCUAGUAAAUGGCAGAACCAGGACUAAAACCUAGCCAGUCUGGCUUCACAAUCUAUGUUCCUAACCACUGCACUGUGCUGCUUCUUGAUGAGAAAAAAACAGCACCCCCACCCCCCGCAAAAAAAAAAGAGACGAAAAAGGGGUGGCCCGUGAGGUAGGAGUAGAACUAGAAGAGUGUGAUGUCAAGAAAGCUACAUUUAAGAAGUGUAUCAAGAAUGAGAGGAUGGGCAACAUAAUGAGACCUCAUCUCUACAAAAAAUAAAAAAUAAAUUAGCUUGGCUGAGGUGAGAGGAUCGCUUGAGCCCUGGAGGUCAAGACUGCACUGAGCCAAGAUAAGUACCACUGCACUAUAGCCUGGGCACAGAGUAAGACUCUGUCUCAAAAAAAAGUAGAAAAAAAAAAAAACCAAAAGAACAAGAAUGAGAGAAUGCAUAUUAUAUGAUGGAUCAUAGUAUCUAUGUUAGAUACUGAUUAUAAGUCAAGUAAGAUGAGGUUUGAGAGUUGACCUUUGGAUUUGGCAAAGGAGAAAUCAGUGGUUUUGAUAAGAACAGUUAUAUGGGCUAAAGUCUGAUUGGAGUAUGAAUUAUUGUUGUGUAAAAAUUUAUCCCACAACUUAGUUUAAAACAGCAAACAUUAUCUCACAGUUUCUGUGUGUCAGAAAUUUAGCUGCAUGCCUCUGACUCAGGAUCUCUCAUUAGGUUAUAGUCAAUUACUUCUGCUGUAUUCACACAAAUCCUACUAUUACUUCUUUUUUUUUGGAGAUGGAGUUUCACCCUGUUGCCCAAGCUGGAGUGCAGUGGCACAAUCUCGGCUCACUCUGCAACCUCCGCCUCCCAGGUUCAAGCAGUUCUCCUGCCUCAGCCUCCUAAAUAGCUGGGAUUACAGGUGGCCGCCACCACACCCACCUAAUUUUUGUAUUUUUACUAGAGACAGGAUUUCGCCAUGUUGGCCAGGCUGGUUUCAAACUCCUGACCUCGAGUGAUCUGCCCGCCUCAGCCUCCCAAAGUGUUGGAAUUACAGGCGUGAGCCACUGCGCCCAGUCCCUACUAUCACUUCUAUCACAUAGAUCAACCCUGGUCCUUUCUAGGAGAUUGUGCAAUAGUGUGAAUACCAGGAAGAGAAUCAUUGGAGGCCAUUUUAGAGGCUGGCUAUCACACAGUGAGCUGAAGAGAGAAUGGGAGAUGAAUCAAACACACUAAAUAGCAAAGACUUUUGAGUUUUGCCUGAAAGGAGAGCAGAGAAAUAGGGAGUUUGUCUAGGUGCAUCUGCAGGUAGAUCCUGUAGUAGAGCUUAUAGAACUUCUGAUUAUUUUUAUUUUCUCAUGAAAUAAGAAACAAAUUUAUCAGUGAGACUGAAGGCUAGGUUUGAGGAGAGAAAAUAAUUUAUGAAAUAGUCAUCUAAGAAUAUGGGGAUAAAAUGGAUUUGGAAAAUACAGUAUGAUUGCUAGGCAGCACUAAAGACCCACUUGAAAUUAACGGUCAUGAAUUUAAAGUAUAGCCAGUCAAGAUAGCUGUUUAUUUUUCUCCAGGCACGUUCAGUUUGUGGGUACAAGUAUGGAUUGGGCAGAGACCUGGAGUUGGGAUUUAUCCAGGUCAAUAUGACAAAGCAAGGGUAGCAUAUAUCCUUAAUAGGUUAUAUGCAAGAGUGUAUUAUAAUGAUGGAUCAUAGGAUUUAAGAUGGGUAAGGAAAAAAGGAAUUAAGAGAAAGUAAGGGGAUAAUGAAAAGGAGUAGGGUGCAUGGAGUCUACUCCUAAAUGUGGUCAAAGGAUUAUUGAAUUUGUGGUCUUAGAGGGCAUGAACUAGAAAGACAGGUGGAAGUAUGGGAGGAGAGGUUGAUUGAAAUUCACAUUACAACAAACAUUACACAUGUUCUCACUUAUGAGUGGGAGCUAAAUAAUGAGAACACAUGAAUACAUCCGGGGGAACGACACACCCUGGGGCCUGUUGGAGGAUAGGGGGUGGGAGAAGGGAGAGGAUCAGGAAGAAUACCUAGUGGAUGCUGGGCCUGAUAACUGUGGGAUGGGAUGAUCUGUGCAGCAAACCACCAUGCACACAUUUGCCAGUGUAACAGACCUGCACAUCCUGCACAUGUACCCUUGAACUUAAAAGUUGGAAAUUUAAAAAAAGAAAUUCAAAUUACAGAUGGAUUGCAGUCAUUGGUAAUAUAAAAGUCUGGAGAAUGAUCACAGGAGUGAGGAGCUGAGGAGGGUUAGAGAGCAAGAAUGCUUAAAAAGAGGAGAAAAGGAACCCAGGAGAUCAAAGAUUAGGUUUACCUACAUAGCUAUUGAGUUCACCAACAGUUAUGGCUAGACUAGUUUUUGAAAAAGUGAUCUUAAAUUAGGAAAUAAAGCCUUCAAGAAAUGAAGGCUUCCCAGGGUUUAUAGAGUACAAAAAUGAGCAAGAUAGUGAGUGGUACUGUACUGUCUGAUCACAGGAGAUUCAAAGCCAGUGGUAUAAGUGGUUUUAGGGAGGAGAGACAAAGAAUGUCUCAAAGCAUCAGUAAGCAACAAAAAAGCUCCAGACCCAGUGGUAGAAGUUACAUGGAAGUAUUGAGAGAGAUGCGGCAUCUUCAGGGAAGAGCAAUAAAGAAACCUUUGUUUCUUUAGGCAGUGGAUUCUCACCUCACAUUACCUGGGUGCUCUCAACAAAAUUUACUUUCAUUGAGGAGAAUUUCUUUCCCUUCUCAGCUCUUUAACAUACUCAGAAGUUGAGUUUCUGGUCUGCUUGGUUUCCCUGUAUGACUUUAGCCUUUCCAGCCUCAGUUCAUGAUUCUCUAAUUUGCAGUAAAACAUUUCAAAUUUUGUACAAAAAUGAAGAGGUUGUUUUAAAUGAUGUUAUGAUCUUCAAAGUAAAAAUGCUAUUGGAUGAAAGAAAGAUUGAAGAAACCCUUGAGGAAAUGAAUUUUCUAUUAUCCUUGGAUCUACACUUCACAGAUGGAGAUUAUUCGGCAGAUGAUCUGAAUGCCUUGCAACUAAUAAGUAGCCGAACAUUGAAGCUGCACUUUAGCCCCCAUAGAGGCCUUCAUCAUCAUGUUAAUGUUAUGUUUGAUUACUUCCACCUUUCUGUUGUGUCUGUUACAGUUCAUGCAUCAUUGGUUGCACUACACCAGCCACUAAUAAGCUUUCCUCGCCCUGUGAAGACAACUUGGUUAAAUAGAAAUGCACCAGCACAAAACAAAGAUUCCGUGAUUCCUACUCUUGAAAGUGUGGUCUUUGGUAUUAACUACACAAAACAGUUAUCACCAGAUGGUUGUAGCUUCAUCAUUGCAGACUCCUUCCUACAUCAUGCCUAUCGUUUUCAUUAUACACUUUGUGCCACUUUGCUGCUAGCCUUCAAGGGAUUGCACAGCUACUUCAUUACAGUAACAGAAGAGAUUCCUUCUUGUCAGAAACUAGAACUGGCCAAGGCCAACAUGCAGCUCCUAUAUGAGCGUCUUCUCAGAAGAAAACAGCUACGAACACAGAAAGACAACCAUCUAGAGGAAAUGGAUGUAGAAGCUCGACUUACUGAACUAUGUGAAGAAGUUAAGAAAAUAGAGAAUCCUGAUGAACUGGCAGAACUUAUAAAUAUGAAUCUUGCGCAACUUUGCUCACUUUUGAUGGCUUUAUGGGGACAGUUUCUGGAAGUUAUAACGCUACACGAAGAACUAAGAAUAUUAUUAGCACAAGAGCACCAUACUUUGAGGGUACGCAGAUUUUCUGAGGCAUUCUUUUGUUUUGAGCAUCCAAGAGAAGCUGCCAUUGCAUACCAGGAACUUCAUGCUCAGAGUCAUCUACAGAUGUGCACCGCUAUCAAAAAUACUUCCUUCUGCAGUUCUCUUCCACCCUUACCUAUUGAAUGUAGUGAAUUAGAUGGAGAUCUCAAUUCAUUACCUAUAAUCUUUGAAGAUAGGUAUUUAGAUUCAGUUACUGAAGACUUAGAUGCACCCUGGAUGGGAAUUCAGAAUCUUCAGAGAUCAGAGUCCAGUAAAAUGGAUAAAUAUGAGACUGAAGAAAGCUCUGUAGCAGGACUUUCUAGCCCAGAGUUGAAAGUCAGACCUGCUGGUGCCUCCAGUAUUUGGUAUACAGAAGGUGAAAAGCAGCUAACAAAAUCUCUAAGAGGAAAGAAUGAAGAAUCAAAUAAAUCCAAAGUUAAGGUUACUAAGCUUAUGAAAACAAUGAAAUCUGAAAACACAAAAAAAUUAAUAAAACAGAACUCUAAGGAUUCUGUGGUUUUGGUAGGCUACAAAUGUUUGAAAAGUACAGCAUCAAAUGAUCUCACUAAAUGCUUUGAAGGCAAUCCUUCACAUAGUCAGAAGGAAGGUCUGGAUCCCACAAUAUGUGGAUAUAAUUUUGACCCAAAGACCUACAUGAGACAGACAAGUCAAAAGGAAGCUAGCUGUUUGCCAGCUAAUACAGAGAGAACUGAACAAAAGUCUCCAGAUAUUGAAAAUAUGCAACCAGACAAGUUUGAUCCUUUGAACUCUGGCAACCUAAAUCUUUGUGCAAAUUUGUCCAUUUCAGGUAAACUUGAUAUCUCCCAGGACAAUAGUGAAGUUACACAAAUGGAACACAAUCUGGCAUCCAGAAGGUCAUCAGACGAUUGCCAUGAUCAUCAAACAACCCCAUCUUUGGGAGUUAGAACAAUUGAAAUAAAGCCCAGUAAUAAAGAUCCUUUCAGUGGAGAGAAAAUAACUGUCAAACUAGGACCUUGGACAGAGCUUCGACAAGAAGAAAUACUUGUGGAUAAUUUACUACCCAACUUUGAGUCCUUAGAAUCUAAUGGUAAAUCUAAAUCUAUAGAAAUAACAUAUGAAAAGGAAGCUUUGCAAGAAGCAAAGUGUCUUUCUAUUGGAGAAUCAUUAACUAAAUUAAGAAGUAAUCUACCUGCCCCUUCUACAAAAGAAUAUCAUGUUGUAGUAAGUGGAGAAACAAUUAAGUUACCAGAUAUUAAUGCCACAUAUGCCUCAUCUAGAUUUUCAGAUUCAGGUGUUGAAAGUGAACCAAGUUCUUUUGCGACACAUCCAAACACUGAUUUAGUCUUUGAAACUGUGCAAGGUCAAGGUCCUUGCAAUAGUGAAAGAUUAUUUCCUCAGCUUUUGAUGAAACCUGAUUAUAAUGUAAAAUUUUCAUUAGGAAAUCAUUGUACUGAGAGUACAAGUGCUAUAAGUGAAAUACAGUCAUCUUUGACAUCCAUAAACUCUCUACCCUCCGAUGAUGAACUGUCACCUGAUGAAAAUUCUAAGAAAUCUGUUGUACCUGAAUGCCAUCUAAAUGAUAGCAAAACUGUAUUAAAUCUAGGAACGACUGAUUUGCCAAAAUGUGAUGAUACUAAAAAGUCAAGUAUCACUUUGCAACAGCAGAGUGUUGUAUUUUCAGGGAACUUGGACAAUGAAACUGUAGCAAUACAUUCCUUAAAUUCAAGCAUUAAAGACCCUUUACAAUUUGUUUUUUCAGAUGAAGAUACUUCCAGUGAUGUGAAAAGUAGUUGCAGCUCCCAACCUAACUUGGAUACUAUGUGUAAAGGCUUCCAGAGUCCUGAUAAAUCUAAUAACUCUACAGGGACAGCAAUUACAUUAAAUUCGAAACUGAUUUGUUUAGGCACUCCUUGUGUCAUUUCAGGUUCCAUUUCUACUAAUACAGAUGUUAGUGAAGAUAGAACUAUGAAAAAAAAUAGUGAUGUAUUAAAUCUCACACAGAUGUAUUCAGAAAUCCCUACAGUUGAAAGUGAAACUCAUCUGGGUACAAGUGAUCCUUUUUCAGCCAGUACUGAUAUAGUAAAGCAAGGGCUUGUGGAAAAUUAUUUUGGUUCUCAAAGCAGUACAGAUAUUUCUGACACAUGUGCUGUUAGCUACAGCAAUGCACUUAGCCCUCAGAAGGAAACUUCUGAAAAAGAAAUUAGUAAUCUUCAGCAGGAACAGGAUAAAGAGGAUGAGGAGGAAGAGCAGGAUCAACAAAUGGUUCAAAAUGGGUACUAUGAAGAAACAGAUUAUUCAGCUUUGGAUGGAACAAUAAAUGCUCACUAUACAAGCAGAGAUGAACUAAUGGAAGAAAGACUUACAAAAUCUGAAAAAAUAAACAGUGACUAUCUGAGAGAUGGUAUAAAUAUGCCUACUGUCUGUACUUCUGGUUGUUUGUCCUUCCCGACUGCACCACGAGAGUCUCCUUGUAAUGUUAAAUAUUCUUCCAAAAGUAAAUUUGAUGCCAUUACAAAGCAGCCAAGCAGUACUUCUUACAACUUCACUUCUUCGAUUUCCUGGUAUGAAAGUUCACCAAAACCUCAAAUACAAGCCUUCCUUCAGGCAAAAGAAGAACUGAAGCUACUAAAACUUCCUGGGUUCAUGUACAGUGAAGUUCCUCUGCUGGCAUCCUCAGUACCUUAUUUUAGCGUAGAAGAAGAGGAUGGUUCUGAAGAUGGAGUACAUCUGAUUGUCUGUGUGCAUGGUUUAGAUGGAAACAGUGCAGAUCUCCGAUUAGUAAAAACUUACAUUGAACUUGGACUGCCUGGGGGAAGAAUUGAUUUUCUUAUGUCUGAGAGAAAUCAGAAUGAUACUUUUGCUGAUUUUGAUAGCAUGACUGAUCGUCUUUUGGAUGAGAUAAUACAGUAUAUUCAGAUAUAUAGUCUAACAGUCUCAAAAAUAAGCUUUAUUGGACAUUCGUUGGGCAAUUUAAUAAUUCGUUCAGUGCUUACAAGGCCAAGGUUUAAAUAUUACCUCAACAAACUUCAUACCUUUCUGUCUCUUUCUGGACCUCACCUUGGUACACUCUACAACAGCAGUGCUCUUGUUAAUACAGGUCUCUGGUUUAUGCAGAAAUGGAAAAAAUCAGGUUCGCUUUUGCAGCUGACAUGUCGAGAUCACUCAGACCCUCGCCAAACUUUUUUAUAUAAGCUUAGUAACAAAGCAGGGCUUCAUUAUUUCAAAAAUGUUGUGCUAGUGGGAUCCCUACAGGAUCGCUAUGUUCCUUAUCACUCUGCCCGCAUUGAAAUGUGUAAAACAGCUUUAAAGGACAAACAGUCAGGACAGAUCUAUUCAGAAAUGAUCCACAACUUGCUUCGACCCGUUCUGCAAAGCAAAGACUGUAAUUUGGUUCGCUAUAAUGUCAUCAAUGCAUUGCCCAAUACAGCUGAUUCACUCAUUGGGAGAGCUGCACAUAUAGCUGUUCUUGAUUCGGAAAUAUUUUUAGAGAAAUUCUUUCUGGUUGCUGCCCUCAAAUAUUUCCAAUAGUGUAAAAGCAUUGUUAGCGACUGGACAAUUACCUCAUUCAACAAUGUUUCAAAUAAUGUAUUAUAUUAAAAUGUAGAUGCUGAUAAGUUCUAAGAAAUAUUUAUACCUUUUUAUAUGGAAGAUAAUUUAUAUCAUCCAUGUUUAGUGCUUUUUAAACAUCAACUUUACUUUCUAGGUAAUGUGGCUGUGCAAUAUUUUUUUAAUUUUAUCUUUUUACUUUUCUAUUACUUUUUCAUAUAUUUUGCUACCUAAGUAUUUCAGUGAAACUUUAAGCCCAUACCUAUGUCUGAUUGUUUAUUAUUGGCUUUCCACAAUUCUUACAUCAGACUACAUUAUAUUAGAGACCAUUAUUGCUAGAAUAGCAUGGGAUUUAAAAUUUUCUAAUACUGGGGGUAUUAUUUAGUUAAUUAUAAAUUUUUCUUUUCACAUUUUACUGUGUUUUAACUGGAAAUAAAAUUAUGGCUGCUACAAUAUAUUUUUUGAAAUCAACUUCUGUAGUUCUAAAAUACACCUUUAUCAUACAAUCAAACCAGGUAGUUCAUAUAAAACAGUGUAAUACAAGUUUUCUAUAAAGUCAUUACUGUUGCUUAAACAUAUUUCAUGCCUAUUAAAAUAUAUUUUCUACUGGUGAUUUCAACAUUAUUUCUCAUACUGACUUUUAUUACUGGAAAUGUUCCUGUUCAUGUUGGCAGCAGAUAAAGAUUUUUGAAUGUUUGAAUGCCCUCUGCCUUGAUUUGGUUGGAAUUUUUGCUAAAUUGGUAAUGUUGCUUGAACUUUAUGACUACAUUUUCUUUUAACUUUUUUCAUGGACUUCCUUAUAUGUACAUAAUAAUUAAAUGUUGAAAUUUAUGAAAUACUUUUAUGAAUUUAGAUAAUUUUUAAAUAUUGUUAAAAUUUAUUGAACUAAAAAGUAAUGUAAAUAAAAUAAUUCAUGUUAAAGAUGGAACAAAAUAAUUAACUUUACAUGUUUGGUGAUACAGAUGCAAAUGUUUUUGAUAUAUGGAGAUGUUGAGUCUUUUGACUUUACUAAAGGUGCUGAAUAGCAUUAAAUUCACUAUUUUCCUUUUCUGUUUUACUUGUGAAAAUAAAAAUGCACUAAGGUUGGGUAGAAGUUCUGUUUGCACUCACUAAUUGUGACAGACAGAGGUUUUUGUAAGUAUUUAUUGUACAGUUGAUGCAUGUUUAUUUUUAGCGUUGUGUUAUUGCCUCUGGUGUUAAUAAAUGAACAAAUGGCUAUCUGGAGGAACAGCUACAA